UGACUAGGCUAGAAAGAAGAAAUAGAUUAAGUGAUCAUUAUAUUUUUAUUCCAGAUGCGUUUCAUUAUUCUUCUGGCGACUCUUUGUUUGGCCGCGGCCUACCCUUCCGAUGAUAACUCUGAGUUCGUCGAUUUUGAGGUUCCUAAGUCCAUGGAGCCGAGUAAUACUGCCGAAUCUUGUGCUCAUGCUGAUGCAAGUUCUGGCGCUUCUAACGAAGUUGUUGCUGAUGGUAAUCCUGAAGAAGAAAUGCCGGGAAGCGUUGAGGUUGGUACAGAAAAAGAUAGUAAAGGGUUGUCAAACGACAAGGAAAAAAAUCCUGAAGUAGGUGAUCAAGGUGAAAAAAAAGAGACCGAUGGUGACCAUUGUAAAGAGCCAACCACUAAUUUGUGUACCAAAACUGGACACGUCCUAGAUCCAAAAACUUGCGGAUAUGUUGCGUGUUCCAUAGGUCCCGACGGCAGCUCCUAUGAGGUAUAUCGUCAUCUCUGUCCUGAUCAUACUUGCUACGUUGAAGAAAAUGACCGCUGCGAAUGGAAGAGUAAUUUGAUGCUUGAAAUAUCUGAAAAAGCUCAAUGAUUUAUUAUUAUUAAU